UCUCUUUCACAAAGCUUAAAUAAGAUUGGCUAAGGCACUGGGAUUUGUUUGGCAUGCCCCUCACCAUUCAUAUUAGUACCCCUUAAGCAACAAACAAUUGCUUUGAUUUCUGUGUGUAAGAACAGAUUCUUUCAAAUUCCUCACAACCCUCUUCUUCUCCUUCCAACAUCACAUCUGCAGCUAGCGUAUAUAUUGCUCCAGUUUCUCUCUCUUCUCUCUCUCUCUCUAUAAAUAUAUAUAUAUAUAUAUACCAAACAAGGAAUAAAAGUAUUGCAGUUAGGGGGAAGAAGUACUACUUAUUAAGCCGAACUCUGAGCUGUGCCCACAAGAGAGAUUAGCAGAAAUCUGAUUUUCUGUCUUCUCCACAAGUUGUGACAUUCUUUAAGGUGAUGAGGACAUAUAUGUAAGAAGAAGAGUAUUUAUCAAAGAAUCCGAAGAACACCAAAACCUUAGCUUGCAAGAAAGGCACAUAUAUAUAUACAAACACAUAUAGCUGGUUUUAUGAUAUUUUUGGUAACUCGAGAAUGGAGAAGCUUCUGAAUCAUUACGACAGGGAAUACAUGAAAAUGGCUAUGCUAAAGCACGAGGAAACAUUUCGAGAGCAGGUUUACGAGCUUCAUCGCCUUUAUCAAAUCCAGAAAAUGCUAAUGAAAGACAUCGCCAAAAACAAGCGAAAAGAUCUGCAGUAUGGGAAUAAUUGCAAACUGCCCGAGGCCCGGCUAUCUCUUGACCUGGAACGGCCGGCAGAAGAGUUUAAUGCUCCAGAAUCAGGCGGCGCCGGCGAAUGUAGAGUUUCUGAACCUGAAGACGAUCAAGGUCACGAUCUUGAGCUGACAUUAGGCCCGAGAAGCUACCGUCGAAGUAAAUUAACUAAAGCUGCUGAAGCUGCAGACCCUCCAUCAGAUUCCGGGCGGAGCUUCUCGUCUUCUUCCACCGGAUCAAGCCAUAUAAAAGGCACAAGAAUCUCGACAAGAGAAGAAUUGUUGAGCCAGCAGAAAUGGGCCCUGGAAAAGCUGCAGCCUGUAUCAAAUCAAGAUCGAUUAAACAGUCCUCCGUGGCUUUUCCAGGCGCUGAGCCUGAAUAUGACUUGAAAUAUAGCAGCAAUUCAUCCAGAGUCGGUAUGAUAAUUGUUUUUGGACUGCUUGUUAUCAUCAGCUGAUUCUGUGAAUGUUGAUUGUAUGGGAUUUGAAUUUGAAUUUGAAUAUUUUUUUCUUUU